AUGUCGAGAAGAAAUGCAAGGGAGAGGAGAAGAGUUCGAGUUAUCAACGACAUGUUGAAAAUCCUUCGAGAUAAAUUACCUGAAGAGUGGACAACUAGAAAGAUGAGUAAACUCGAAAUUUUAAGGAAGUCAACUCUUUAUAUCAGUCGCCUAGUUGAGCUAGCAGAGGAGAAUCCUUUUGUAAAGGAGAUUCGUCAAAAAUAUGAAAUGAAAAAGUCCGUGUCAGAAAAACUGAGACCUGCGUCCGGAAAACAACGAAGAGAACCGAAUGGGAAAGACAACAAUCAAAGGGAGGGAAGCUUUAUUUCAAGUCGGAUACGAAAAGAAGGCAGUGUUUCAUCUGAUGAUAUGAAUGAACCUGUCGUGGAUACACAGUCCUCGGGGUUUGGAGAAAAUUUUCACGGAAAUUCAUUCGAUGAAUUUAAUACAUCCGAAGAACUGAUGCAUGUUGAUACCUUUGUCAGAACUUGA